GGCGGCGUGUUCGCACCAAGAUGGCGGCGCCUCUGGAUGAGUACGAGAAGGAAGCGGGCUGCGUCCCCAUCCUGCACCCAGAGGAACUCAAGCCUCAGAGCCAUUACAACCAUGGAUACAGUGAAUCUCUUGGGCGGAAAAGCCACAUUGAUGAUUAUAGCACUUGGGACAUUGUCAAAGCCACACAGUAUGGAAUAUAUGAACGGUGUAGAGAGUUGGUAGAAGCAGGUUAUGAUGUGCGGCAACCAGACAAAGAAAAUGUAACGCUUCUCCACUGGGCUGCAAUCAACAACAGGAUAGAUUUGGUGAAAUACUAUAUUUCAAAAGGUGCAAUCGUUGAUCAGCUGGGAGGAGAUUUAAAUUCUACUCCACUUCACUGGGCAACAAGACAGGGUCACUUAUCCAUGGUUGUACAGCUGAUGAAGUAUGGGGCAGAUCCGUCGCUAAUUGAUGGAGAAGGAUGUAGCUGUAUUCAUUUGGCUGCCCAGUUUGGACAUACUUCGAUUGUUGCUUACCUGAUAGCAAAGAGACAGGAUGUAGAUAUGAUGGAUCAAAAUGGAAUGACACCUCUAAUGUGGGCAGCUUACAGAACACAUAGUGUGGAUCCAACUCGAUUGCUACUUACAUUUAAUGUUUCUGUUAAUCUUGGAGACAAAUAUCAUAAAAACACAGCAUUGCACUGGGCUGUGCUAGCAGGAAAUACUACAGUCAUUAGCCUUCUGUUAGAAGCUGGAGCUAACGUAGAUGCUCAGAACAUCAAGGGAGAAUCACCACUUGAUCUGGCGAAACAGAGGAAGAAUGUGUGGAUGAUCAACCACUUACAGGAAGCAAGACAGGCAAAGGGAUAUGACAGUCCAUCCUUUCUCAGAAAGCUGAAAGCUGAUAAGGAAUUCCGUCAGAAGGUGAUGCUGGGAACUCCUUUCCUGGUUAUUUGGCUGGUUGGGUUUAUAGCAGACCUUGACAUUGAUUCUUGGCUCAUUAAAGGGCUGAUGUAUGGUGGUGUUUGGGCUAUGGUGCAGUUUCUUUCAAAGUCAUUCUUUGAUCAUUCCAUGCACAGCGCAUUGCCUCUUGGAAUAUAUUUGGCAACAAAAUUCUGGAUGUAUGUGACGUGGUUCUUCUGGUUUUGGAAUGAUCUCAAUUUUUUCUUUAUACAUCUUCCAUUCCUUGCUAAUAGUGUUGCACUUUUCUACAAUUUUGGAAAAUCCUGGAAAUCUGAUCCAGGAAUCAUCAAAGCCACAGAAGAACAAAAGAAAAAGACAAUAGUAGAACUUGCAGAGACAGGAAGUCUGGACCUCAGUAUAUUCUGCAGUACCUGUUUGAUACGGAAGCCAGUGAGAUCUAAACACUGUGGUGUAUGCAAUCGAUGUAUAGCAAAGUUUGAUCACCACUGCCCAUGGGUGGGUAACUGCGUAGGAGCAGGGAACCAUCGCUAUUUUAUGGGGUACCUGUUCUUCCUGCUUUUUAUGAUCUGCUGGAUGAUUUAUGGAUGCAUCUCUUAUUGGGGAUUUCACUGCGAGACAAGUUAUGCAAAGGAUGGAUUUUGGACCUAUAUUACACAGAUUGCUACCUGUUCUCCUUGGAUGUUUUGGAUGUUUUUGAACAGUGUUUUUCACUUCAUGUGGGUGGCUGUGUUACUCAUGUGUCAGAUGUAUCAGAUAUCUUGUUUAGGUAUCACUACAAAUGAAAGGAUGAAUGCAAGACGAUAUAAGCACUUUAAGGUUACAACCACGUCUAUUGAAAGCCCAUUCAACCACGGAUGUAUAAGGAAUAUUAUAGACUUCUUUGAAUUCAGAUGCUGUGGUCUUUUUCGUCCUGUUAUCGUGGACUGGACAAGGCAGUAUACAAUAGAGUAUGACCAAACUUCAGGAUCGGGCUACCAGCUAGUGUAGCACCACAUUCAUCCUGUGAGCAUAUCAUAUCUGAGUGGUGCCUGAAAAAUUUUCUCUCUCUCUCUCUCGAAUCCACAUCCCUUGAGGAGUAGCAUGCUAUGUGUAGGGCUGAUGAUGAAUCUUAAGGUACCUUCUCUUCAUCAGAAUUUUAUUAACAAAAGUAAAAAUGGACAGAAUAAACUGCCAAACCUGAUAAGGAAGAGGAGGAAGAUCAAAAAGGGAUUUUAAUGGUUCUUAACAUGAGAAUUAUUCACAACAGCAUAUUCACAGUAUUUGUUGUUGGGUUUUUUAUUUAAGAUCUUUCACAAUAAGCAUGAGAUUAUUAAAGUAUUGACAUAAGUAGUUAUGUUGUGCUGAGCAGAAAUAUUAAUUUCCCAGUACAGAUAAUUCCAGUGGAACAAGAAUCCCAGAAUUAAAAAAGAACCCUAAAUUUUGUGAUGCAAAGUUCACUAAGAUUGCUACAUUGUAGUUCCUGUAAUGUGACUUUUUAAUACAGGUUUUCUAUAGUAUUAUGUACAUUGAAAAAUGUGCAUUCCAAUACUGUGAUAAAAAUCAUGUGGUGGAAAUCCCUUGUAAUGUGUUAAGUUAUUGCAGUAGCACAGGUCAGAUAAUGUUAACAGAAAAAUACGUUGCCUACAUAUUUGGUGAUUGUUAUUGCCACCAGUUCCUGGUACAAUUGAAUACUUGUAAUAACCCUGUUCUGAGAUUAUAUAGUCUGAAAAUAAACAAUUGUGCAAAUAAGGAAAGCUCUUCUGUCAAAGUUAAAGCCCUGCUUAAAUGCAUGAUACACCUUUAAAACUAGAUUACAGUAUAUAUUAUUCAGCAAAAAAAAAAAAGUGGAAAGAGUUUAUCUUUGAAGUGAUUGUAUAAACAACUUUUGAAAUAGUGAUGUUUCAAUAUUAGAUUUCAUCCCCAUGCAGUACUGUGUAGUGUAAUUAGAAACAUUUUCAAAGGGAAGUGUCAUAGGGAGAACCAAGAAUGUGACUACAAAAGUCUCAGUUGUAAAAAGACAAGAUUUAAUGGUUUUAAAUUCUAUGUGACUACAAAAGAGGAACCUAAAGCUGUCUAAAAUAUUUUGCUUGCAUGUACAUUAAUGGAAAAAAUUAAAAAAAAAAAAAAAAAAAAGUACGGGAUCCCAAUAAUAGCACAUACAAAUAGAAAAAUCUAA